AUGAAACUUAUAGUUUGCAAUGAACUUCAAAGUAUAGAUACAACAAAAGUUUUGAACUCAGAUGCUUUGAAGAGUCUUAUAACAGACAAAGUUGGAGUUGUUGAAAGAAAGUAUAAAGACCAAAGAGUUUGUGAAAAUGUUGCAAACUUCAUUAUGGUUUCAAACAAUGCUGUUCCGAUGAAGUUAGAAAGUUCUGACAGAAGAUAUGUAGUUGUCAGAACGUCAGAUUCUCAUAUGCAAGAUACAGAAUAUUUUGACGACUUAGCAGAAACUUUGACAUCUGACUUUUACAACCACUUGUUCUCAUAUUUUAUGACAUUAGAUAUUUCAAAGUUCAAUCCAAGACAAAUUCCACAUACCGAAGAGAGACAAACAUUGUUAGAAGCAAACAAGAGUGUAUAUGAACUGUUCAUAGAUGAAACUGACUUUGAGUGUUUAGAUGAAAGGUCAUUGUACGAUUCGUAUAAACAAUAUUGUCAAGAAUAUGGUUAUAUGGCAGCUUCUAAACGAACAUUCUUGGCAAAUGUCAAAAGUCUUUUAGAUGUUCAGAAUGGUGUAUAUACAAAGAAAAUUUUUUCUGAGUAA